CCGGAUUAGGGGGACAAGAAAUAUCAAAUUCGGAUAAAACCGAAUCUUACUAUUUCUGUCUUAUAGAAUAUCAUGAUAUAAUUUAAAAAAAAAUGUAUUCUUAUCCAAUCAUCUUAAAGCCUUGCUUAUAAAUCAUCCAAGCUAGUCUUUCUAUUCAUUGACACAAUCACUUGUGAUUCCAUUUAAAGCAUAGCUUUAGAAAGAGGGAAAAGUAGGUGUGUCAUAGAGUGCUAUAGCCAGGUAUAAAUUGUUGCUUGAAUGGUUUGGAAGAAAGUGAAAAUUUUACGAAGUAUAAAAACUAAAAAGGGUAAAAAAAAGGUUUAUUAGAGAUGGAGCAGCUGAAGUAUGCUACUGUUGAAGCUAAUAAGAAAGGAGUUGAAGCAAUUGAUGAUGAGUGUGAUCUUUUUGGUUUUAGUUCUUCUUCUGAGUCUGGAAUUUCAAGUGGGACGUUUUUGGAAUCUGAUUCAUUUGAAGAAGUUACAUCCCCUCCUUGUUCUUCAUCAUCAGGUGAUGAUCAUGUUGGAGAUGACCCUUUGAGUGACAUGUCUUCUUUGAUUCAACAACUUCCCAUUAAGAGGGGACUUUCAAAGUAUUACCAAGGGAAAGCACAAUCUUUCACUUCAUUGGCAAAAGUGAACAGCUUGGAGGAUCUGGUUAAGCCAGAGAACCCAUACAACAAGAAGUUGAAGUCUUGCAGAAGCUAUGGAGGGAAAAUGGAUGAGACACAAAGGGCAAAGUGCACUCCUAGUGCUAUUUCUAGGAGGAGAUUGCAUACAACAGGUUCAAGCUAUUCAGUGAGUACUGCAGAAAGGGGCAGUGGCAACUUUACUCGUAGCAGGCCUCAAAUCCCACCUCAUAGAUCUACCAGUUCCAACAAUAUUCCUAAUCAAACUGCUCUGUUUGUUUGAAAGGGAUCAAAAGUUGAGAUGUUUAUUCUUUUUUUUUUGUAAAUUAAUAGCUGAGAGGUAUUUGGUGUUGGGAAUUUGCAAUCAUAGUCUUAAUAAAUAAAAAAUUAUUUGCAA